GAGAGGAGGAGGGAGGAAUACUUUUUCCUCCCUUCUCUUAACUUGGUCCGACGAAUUUCCUAACCUAAAAACUUACUAACCCCGACUAAUCAAACACCAGGGGUGGGGAAAAAAUGUCUGGAGAGAGGAGGAAAAUAACUUGAUAAUUGGGGUUUUACUUUUUGGGGGGAGGGUAUUUUAGAGGUUUAAAAUUGCAACCUAGAGUUGCAGGUUUUUAUUUUUAGUUUUUAAACCUCUCAAAAAUUCGACACCAAAAACCUGUGUUGCAAGAAAAGCAGGAGCAAAACUCUCCCAUGUUUCCCAAGUCGUGACCAUGAAGUGAGAGGGGAGACACCGUCCUCCUGCGGGGUGUCCCGCCGCUCUGGGCACAGGCCGCCGGCCUGCUUGCUGCAGCCUCUGCCACUCUGUGUAGGGAGAGGUGUAAGGAGAAGCGAGAAGCGUUGGCCAUGCACAGCCUCGGUUAACCGUGCUCGCUGUUGAGCGCAGCAGCAGCAGAGAGAGAAGGAUCCGCGGGGGGUCAGCAGCCCAGGAAGUGUGUGAGGUGCUGGGGGAUAUAGGGUUCUCCCACUGGUAAGGAGCCUGGGUUUGGGGCACUAGUUUGAGUUUUAGUCUCUAGGUGGGAUAAUACUGUCCCUUAAACCCCUGCCCGCCCCUCAUCUAUGGCCAUCAUGAUCCCUCUUCUCUUUGGCAGCAGUAGCCGCAGGUCAGUGAUGUGCCUGAUGAUGAGCAGGAUGAAGUUAGAAAUGAGUCCUCUGUUUUUUCUCUUUGCUCCCCUGCAAGCCAUCACUGUGUUGUCUGUAGUUGAUUUUGUUGUUGGCAGAGAAAUGUACCUCCUAAGAUGUGCACUUGUCCUUUGCACCCUUUUCUCUGCUCUCCACCAACUGUAAUAAUUUUGAAGGGGGGAAAAAAAAUAAGGUGGGCAACAUAGCAGUAGUGGAAGGCUGAGAAUAAUAAUAAUCAGAAUCAUGGAUCUGGCUGGGGUAAAACGCAAUUUGUAAUUUCAGCUUCACUUUUUUUUUCUUUUGUAAGCAGAGCAAAAGUACCCCCCUCCCCAUGGAUUCGGCUUGUGCCAGUUGCUUUUUGUUGUACACAUAAAUUGUGAUAACGUUUGUUGUGGGUUGUUUUUUUUUUUUUUUUUUUUUUUCUUACCCACUUAUUCCUGCAGUUAAACUGUUAAAUUUUUUUUGUCUUCAAAAUUCUUAGGGGUUUUACUUCUUGGUUUAUUGUAAAAUCCCUUCUCCAGGCAUGGCUGGACAGCUACUUACUUUGUUCCUUGACCCCUCCGAAAGGCCAUUUUUGUAAAAUAGUGCCUGAGGUGCGGUUUUGGGUUACAUUAGCGUUUUAUCUGUUUAGUCAUAUUAGCAGGAAUCAAACGACUUGUUUCUGUUGUACUUGAGUCUUACGAAAAGGUGCCCAUAGUUUAGCGACAGUUUCCAAAGGCUUUAGUACCACCUGUGUUACAAAAUGGGGGACCCAAACUCCCGGAAGAAACAAGCUCUGAACAGACUUCGUGCUCAGCUUAGAAAGAAAAAAGAAUCUUUAGCUGACCAGUUUGACUUCAAGAUGUACAUUGCCUUUGUGUUCAAAGACAAGAAGAAAAAGUCAGCGCUUUUUGAAGUGUCUGAAGUAAUACCAGUCAUGACCAAUAAUUAUGAAGAAAAUAUCCUGAAAGGUGUGCGGGAUUCCAGCUAUUCUUUGGAAAGUUCCUUAGAGCUUCUGCAGAAGGAUGUAGUACAGCUUCAUGCACCCCGCUACCAGUCUAUGCGCAGGGAUGUGAUUGGCUGUACACAGGAGAUGGACUUCAUUCUUUGGCCUCGUAAUGAUAUUGAGAAGAUAGUCUGUCUCCUGUUUUCUCGGUGGAAGGGAUCUGAUGAACCCUUUAGGCCUGUUCAGGCCAAGUUUGAAUUUCAUCACGGUGACUAUGAAAAACAGUUUCUGCAUGUUCUGAGCCGAAAGGACAAGACUGGAAUUGUUGUCAACAACCCUAACCAGUCAGUGUUUCUCUUCAUUGACAGACAGCACUUGCAGACUCCAAAAAACAAAGCUACAAUCUUCAAGUUAUGCAGCAUCUGCCUGUACCUGCCACAGGAGCAGCUCACUCACUGGACAGUUGGUACCAUAGAGGAUCACCUCCGUCCUUACAUGCCAGAGUAAGGUUCUGGCCAGCAAAAUGGGGAAGAUCACAGAAUGCAGCAGUGGAUUUUCACUUUCCUCACCACUUUAUUCUUUCAGAAUUUAGAAGAAAAUGGACUCAUGUUCAGAACACUAUACAUUGUGAACCUUGAUCAUCCUGGAUUAUUUUUAUCAUUUGUAUCUCAGAACUUUACAAUUUUUUUUAGAUGUUUUCUGCAUGGACCUUGUGAAAGAGAGGAUGCUCUGCACCUUCUGCACUGCAUCAGCAUCUUGCUAAAAUGUGAAGGGACUGUACACUGAAACAAAUGUAUCUGAAAGCACAAGGUGAUCAUUUGUGGUGGUGUUCCCAUUUGUGCUGGUCAUGCCCCCUAACAUCUGUAAUGUUAACCAUCAGUAUUUGGAGGGUGAGAAGUGAAUGUAAGGGCUAUAAAAGCCUUACAGCUUUGCUGUUAAUGAUUGUAUCAAAGAGCACUACCAAUCAUUUUAAUGAACAGAAAAGUGGCUAUUACAAUAGGAAGUAAAUGUGGGAAAGAAAUCUGUCUUUAGAAAAAAAGGCAUCUCGUUUAAUGUGUAGGCAUUUCUUGCCUCUUUUAUUUUGCUGGGCCAUGUCUUAAGUUUACUGGCACUUUUGUUUUGGAUCUCUUUCCCAAGUUGCUGUAUAACUGUAUGAAGUAUUCUUUCAAGUUGAGUGCAUUUGUAUGGAUGAGGCAGACCAGGAGUCUGAAGUUGCUAAAGCAGCUAAAAAUAAAGUAAAAUAAUAGCUGCAGAAACAAUGUUGGUAGAGGAUUAUUUUUUCUUGAGAGUUGAGACUUGUAAACGUGCAGGUGAACUGUGCAGGAAAUACUGGUUUCUAAAACAUUUCUUAUGGAAAACCCAUCGAGGUUUUUGUUUUGUUUUUUUUUUUCUUUUUCUUCUGGAUUAGAUGUUAUAAAACAAUGUAAGAUAGUGUUUGGAGUGUCAAAAGUUGGUUCUGACAGAACAUUUUAAGAUUGUGCAAUGAUAAAAGGAAGACUACUGUAUAGUUUUGAUGACAAAGAAGGCUCUGCUUAAGGGUUGAGUACUUUACUGGAGUAAAACUGCAUAAGCCUGCUCCCUUUGGAUAAAACUAGUGCUUACCUGUUUAAAACUUGUAUUUAGCUUUUAUUUGGAAUUGGAAAAAAAAUGGAACUUAAAUAAAUUAGAUGAAAGAUGA